AUGCCCUGGACAAGACCGGUGGACUUUCAUGCUGGUGGAGCGGAGGCCAUGGACCAGUACAGCACAGACGACCACCACUACGAGGGCUCCCUGUUCCCCACCUCCACCCUCAUCCCUGUCACUGUCAUCUGCAUCCUAAUCUUCAUCGUUGGGGUGACGGGAAACACCAUGACCAUCCUCAUCAUCCAGCACUUCAAAGACAUGAAGACCACCACCAAUCUCUAUCUGUCCAGCAUGGCGGUGUCUGACCUCAUCAUCUUCCUCUGCCUGCCCUUUGACCUCUAUCGCCUGUGGAAGUAUGUGCCCUGGCUGUUUGGGGAGGCGGUGUGUCGCUUCUAUCACUACAUCUUCGAGGGCUGCACCUCGGCCACCAUCCUCCACAUCACAGCCCUGAGCAUCGAGCGCUACCUGGCCAUCAGCUUCCCCCUCAGGAGCAAGGUGGUGGUGACCAGACGUAGGGUCCAGUACAUCAUCCUUGCCCUGUGGGGUUUCGCCCUGGUUUCUGCAGCUCCCACUCUCUUCCUGGUCGGGGUGGAGUAUGACAAUGAUACACACCCGGACUACAACACGGGUCAGUGCAAGCACACCAGCUACGCCAUCAGUUCCGGACAGCUGCACAUCAUGCUCUGGGUGUCCACCACAUACUUUUUUUGCCCGAUGCUCUGUCUCAUCUUCCUCUACGGCUCCAUCGGGUGCAAGUUGUGGAAAAGCAAAAAUGAUCUGCAAGGCCCCUGUGCAUUGGCCCGUGAGAGAUCACACAGGCAAACAGUCAAGAUACUGGUGGUGGUGGUGCUGGCCUUCAUCAUCUGCUGGCUCCCGUACCACAUCGGCAGGAACCUCUUUGCCCAGGUGGACGACUACGAAACAGCCAUGCUGAGCCAGAACUUCAACAUGGCCUCCAUGGUGCUCUGCUACCUCAGCGCCUCCAUCAACCCUGUCGUCUACAACCUCAUGUCCAGGAAGUACAGGGCUGCGGCCAAACGCCUCUUCCUGCUGCACCAGCGGCCCAGACAGGCUCACCGUGGCCAGAGACAGCUCUGUGUGACAGACCACAUCUCCACACUGAACGAAAGCCUGACUGGGGUCUGA